AAAGCUUUUUGAAAAGUUUAGGAAAGUUUUGGCGUAUGUGCUGCGGCAGGUUUGUCAGCUUCAGCUAAAACCGAACGGCGACGGGGAAAGGUCCGUGUGCCCGGACGCGUGAGUGAGGUCUCAGUUAACUCCACGCUGGCAUGCCUGAGGGUUCUCCUGAUUCUGCGAAGGAGGCUCCCACGGUGGAAGAAUCUCCGAGGACUUCUUCCGCCUCUUCUCUGAGCAGCCAUGACAGGAUGUCCACAGUCACCACUUCCACCAGCUCCAUGUCGGUCAACACAGACUGCUCGGACAGCGAGCGCCCGGUGAGUGUCGCCUCCUCGGGUUCCCUGCCGGAUUGGCGCGGUGCUGAUGGGACCCCUCCCCCGGGCACCCAAGCCCCAGAGGCAGGCCCCCCAGCAGAGGAGUGUGCGCGGGUGGAGCUGGCACCUCCCCUCCAGGCGCUGAAGGCCGACCGGGUGUACAACAACAACAUCAUCAUCAUUCCGGGUCGGAGGAGCCCCGAUGGCAGCUACCACCAGGUCCCCUUGUCUCCCAUAGCGACCAGGGCCAUGGCCCCCAACCCCAAGCUGUCGUACGUGGACAGGGUUGUCAUGGAGAUAAUUGAGACUGAGCGGAUGUACGUGCAGGAUCUGCGGAGCAUCAUUGAGGACUAUCUUGGUUAUAUCAUUGAUGUCGUGGACCUGCCUAUCCGCCCUGAACAUGUCUCUGCCCUGUUUGGAAACAUUGAGGACAUCUAUGAGUUUAACAGUGACCUGCUGCAAGACCUUGAUAGCUGUCACCAUGAUCCUGUGGCCAUUGCCAGAUGCUUUGUGGACAAGAGUCAAGAUUUUGAUAUCUACACCCAAUACUGUACCAACUACCCCAACUCUGUGGCAGCGCUGACUGAAUGCAUGAGGAACAAGAUCCUGGCCAAAUUCUUCAGGGAGCGUCAGUCCACUCUGAAACGCAACCUCCCACUGGGCUCUUACCUGCUGAAGCCUGUUCAGAGGAUCCUCAAGUACCAUCUGCUGCUUCAGGAAAUAGCAAAGCACUUUGAUGCCAACCAGGAGGGUUAUGAGGUGAUUGAAGAAGCUAUAGACACCAUGACAGGCGUAGCCUGGUACAUCAAUGACAUGAAGAGGAAACAUGAGCACGCUAUCCGGUUACAGGAGGUACAGAGCUUACUGAUCAAUUGGAAUGGACCAGAUCUGACAACAUACGGAGAGUUGGUCCUGGAAGGAACAUUCCGGAUACACCGAGUGAAAAACGAACGCACUUUAUUCCUGUUUGACAAAAUUCUGCUGCUGGCCAAGAAAAGAGGAGAGCACUUCAUUUACAAGACCCACAUUAUGUGUUCCGCACUGAUGUUAAUUGAAAGCACCAGAGACUCGCUUUGCUUCGGACUGUCUCAUUACAAGAACCCAAAGCAGCAGCACACUGUCCAGGCAAAGACAGUGGAAGAAAAGCGUCUCUGGACACAUCACAUAAAGAGGCUAAUUCUAGAGAAUUAUCAUGCCAUCAUUCCACAGAAGGCCAAGGAAGCCAUCUUGGAAAUGGAUUCCUACUAUCCUUCCAAGUACCGGUACAGCCCAGAAAGAUCCAAAAAAUCCAUGACCACUCAACCGGUGGAGGAAGUGGUGAGCUACCGUAGGGGCCGCAGGCAAUCUGAGCCGACAAAACAGAUCCUGAAAUCCUUGGUACAGAGCGUUUCUCUAAAGCACGCAGGCAGUGAUGGAGAGCUUCUGGGCAAUAAGGAUUCCUUGAAUUCGUUGACGGGUGUCAGUACUCUUGGAUCUAGUACGAUUGAGCCUGAGGGCGAGAGGGAUGGCAUUGAGGACAACCUGGCUCAUAGCAAAGAUUCCUUGGAACUUCAGAAUGCAAGUGAUUCUGAGGAAACGGCGAGAGGUACAGAGUUUGUUCAAGAAGGUGUCGAGCCAGAAGAGGAAUUAAUGAUAGAGGGCGACCAGGUAGCCGACUUUGCCAGUUCACUGCUGGCUGCCAUCUCCUGUUGGCACUAUAGAGCCAGGGCUUUGCUUUCUGCUAAGUUCUCCAUGACUGAAGAGCCUGUCGAGCUACAGGAAGUCAAAGGAUGCAAACGGCAAAACAGCCAGCCAUCUGGAAAUGCAGAGAAGCGCAGAGGCUGGGACAGCGAUUCCAACGCCUCUAAAGAGGUUGCUUCCGUUUUGGAACCAAUAUCGCUUCAACAGAUGGUGACUGAAGCGUGCCAUUCUGCCCUCGAGGAAAUCCAGUCUGACUCUGAGACGGCGUGCAGCACAGAUGAACCCAAGGGGGCAGAUGGACCCACUGAGGACGCUGAGGCAGAAGGCAGCGACUCAGGGAGGGGUGUCAUGGAGCCUACCAUGGAAUACUCGUUCAGCGAGCCGGGCGAGGAACCGAAACACCUCAGCAGUGAAGACUCAACGGACGAGGACGAGCAAGAUCGCGAGUCGCGCAGCAUUCUCCCUCCAUCGGUGCUGGGCCAGGCCAGUCUCAUCGCUGGCCACUUCAUCAACAGCCGGUCACGCUGCAACAGCCUGGCAGCGGACGACGGCCGGUCCUGCGGCUGCCCGACGCCGAAGACAACAAGCAGGCAGAGCAGCCUCGAGCGCGGGGACAAAUUGCCAUGGAACGGCGGCACCUUCGGGACAAGCGACGACUCCCAAGCGAGCAUUCACCAAGCCAGCGUCAGCCAGGAAAAGCAUCUUGAUGAGCCUAGACUCAGCAGCCCGGACGACAUGCCCCUGGAAGCAGAUCGGAAUGUUCCGAGGAGAAGGGACUCCACCUUGUCCCGCCAGGAUCGCCUGCUCAUUGAGAAGAUUAAGAGCUAUUACGACAACGCAGAGCACAAGGACGCCAACUUCAGCAUUCGAAGGCGAGAAAGCCUGUCCUACAUCCCCGCAGGCUUGGUUAGGAGCUCCGUCUCGAAGUUGAACAGCCAAAACAGGGAAGCGGAUUUGCGAGAGGCCACGCUGAGGAGGCGGUUGGCCACUUCCAGCGUGGCCGCUGGUGGGCCACUGCCUUGUGCUUUGUCUGACCACUUGGAUCCCAAUAUCCAACCAUGCUCCCACUCCCCUUCUCCAGAAUCGGCAGUCCUGCCGCCAACACGUGACUGUCCCGCAGAAGACAGCCCACCUUUGGACUUCUCCAGGGGGGCCGACCCCGUUUCCCAGGGUCCCAUUACCGAUGCUGAAUUCCAACCAUCUGCCAACAUGGUCAAAGUCUGGCAAGAGAUGGAGAGAGUGGCAGACGCUGCAGCAGAGCCUCCCAAAAGGACAGAGCAGGGAGUCGAGUCAACGCGAAGGCCCGAGGUCUUUGAGCCUAUCCCUGAGAUGCUGAAGAAAAUAGAAGCCACAAACACCGAACGAUGCCAAAUAAAACAGCUCAGCAACGGCAGGAUUAUUUUUGGCCUCGAUUUCAAUGAACCAUUGGUUAUUGUGGAAGACGGUGACCUAAGUGCCAUAAAGGAAGAGUCACCGCUUUCUUCUCCAGUGAGGCUCACUCGUGAGAGUGGACUGCAAAGAAGACCAAGUGAGAAAUCGCAACGCGGUGAUCGGGAGCACUUUGAUGAAGUACUGCCUAUCCAAAGGUCUGACCCGUUGGCUCAAGCACAGCUGUGCGUCCAACCAGCCAAGUGCUCAGGGCCAGAAAACAAAACCUCACCACCACAACCACCCGACACUCGCUCCAAUCUCACCCUUAAGAAGCAGGAUCGACUGGCGCGAGGCACCAGAGCACCUGUAGCCCAGACAGGAUCAAGGGCCCAGAGUGAAGAGUUACUAAGAGAGGUGACAGAGAAGAUGAAGACCAAGGUCUACCAACUGGCCAGGAUAUAUAGUCAGCGAAUAAAGAACAACAAGCCAGUGGUGCAAAAGAGAAGCCAAUGCAUAGAGGAGGAGCCGAUGAGCAGCGAAGAAGAAGGGGGUAGUGAACUGGCCACGGUGCCUCAUCUCCAGAACGACAAAAAGGAUGUGGUGGUUGGCGCAGAUAAAUCAAAGAUGGCACUGUCUAUGCCAUUCUACGAACAUGUCAUUAUUCAGGAACAAAUGCCACUGGCACCAUUGACAGAAGUGCCCAACAACCCAUCUCUGAGCAAGGAGUUGCAAUCAAUCCUUCCACCUUCCAGCAGGAUCCCAUCUCCUCGACGUUCUGUCAUCAGCCCGAAUUUAACGUCUCCGGCCAGGUCCCAUUCCAGGAGUCCCCUGAGCCCAACUGAGAUGGAAACCUUUCUGUGGCCCGACGUUCGGGAGCUCUGCUCUAAGUAUGCCGCUGUGGACGCUCAGUUUGCGAGAAACUCUGCGCAGAGGCCAGGGCGGAUGACUGAAAGUGGCUGCCCCAAGCUGACCCGAGUUGCCAAGAGUAUGUCCAUGCCCAACGGAAUGAUGGAAGGCAGACUGCCCCACGCCAGUUCUUUGCAACGAGAGGAUAAUUCCAAAGCGGGCUACUGCCCGUCCAGUGCAAAAUCUCAGCCGUUGAAGGCAGCUUCCAGUACGGGGGCCAGGAAACUGCUACAUUCCGACUCGUCCAUCCAGUACCUUGUACAGGCAACCCCUGAAAGUCCCCUCAGGGAUCACACAAACUGCUCGAGGACUGCCUUAUCGGACUGCAGGUGCAUUGAGCAAAGUUCCAGUUCAAACUGCAAGCACUGUCACUUUACGAAAGGCACGGAAGGUACUCAUUACAUUUCCUCAGAGUUCACUGUGCAAGAUCGGCAGGUCGUCAUCAUGGAGAAAUUGCCACGCGAUGGGGAUGAUCUGAGCAGUCAUAGGAACGAGCAGGCCACCAAAGAGAGGAGCAGUGGCAGGGAGGGCUACGUCCAGAUCAGGUCUCCAACGUCGCACGAGAACAUCUCCAUCCAGGCAGUCGUGGAAAGGUGCAGGGCCUAUCAGGAGUCAGAGGAGUAUAAGCAAAGGCAAGAGAGCGAAGCCAAGAGCUGGAGACCAGGAAAUGCCAAGAUGCGAGCUCCUGUGGGAGCUGAGAAAAAGGUCUUCUCGACCAAACAACAGGCAGAACCCAGAAAGGGGAUGAGCCAGCUCCAUAGGAGGACAGACUUGGGCCAACAAGGCCUGGUGAAGAACCUGAGAGACAAAUUUCAGAGCUUGAGUUCAGCCAGGUAAACACACGCUGGCUUCAUUCUCAGAUGCUUCUUGGAUAUCAAACCACUGUACUUGGUCAAAUGGAUGUAAAAAAAAAAUUAUUCAAGGUGUGGUGUUUUGUUCUUGUACAAGAGGCCCAGAACGUUAACCCUGACCUUCACUGAAAUGUCUAGAAACUGAAACUAGUAACUGGUGUCUCAAUGCUUAGCCAGUUUAUUUAUCAAACCUCAAUAAAUUUAUAAUUGAACUGAUCUUCACUUUGUGCGCCCUGCUGUUAAUUUAAGAUAAGCUCUCUCUUUAAAUUGCUACGCUCCCUCUCCUGGCAAUUUUAGCCCACACACAAUGACCAUCUAUUCAAAUUUACAACACCUCUGUGAAUAUGUGACUCACCAUCCACAUGCUCAUUAACUUCUGUCCUUCCAGAAAGGGGAUUUCCAUCUUCCCAUUUUUCCUUGUUUGUAUGAAUUCCGUUCCCUCCAUGACCUUACCACUCCCUACUUUAAUCUCUCCUGCCCUACAUGUCUCUGAAAUCUGUGUUCCAAUGCUUCUUGCCUCUUGCACAACUCCAGAUUUAAUCACUUCACAACUGGAGACUGUGUCUUCAAUUCUGAAAUUCCUGUCCUGAGCCUUUUUGCCUCCUCCUUUAGGGCACCCAUUAAAACCCUACCUCUCUGACCAAGCUUUUGAUCUCCUGUCCUAAUACUCCUCUCUGUUCAGUGUCAAAUUAUGUUUGGUAACCUUACUGAGAAAAAUUGUGAAUU